AUGCUUAUCAGAUUUAGAGGCAAAGCUGUAGCUGUAUCAACUCACAGCUCCAUAUUUCAUUGCAAUGGUUUUGGAAAUUUCCUUUCCUCCUACAAUUUCAGAUCUCAGUAUCUCUACUCAUCAACCGCAACUCCUGCCCCAACCCAUUUCUUGGUUAAAUACCUUGUUGAUUCUCUCGGAUUCUCCAAUGAAGAAGCUGCAUCUGCAUCCUCCAAGGUAACUUCACGUAAAAACUUAAAGAAUCCUGAUUUAGUUAUCAAUUUCUUGAAACAAACUGGUUUCGACAACACCCAGAUGAAAAUAAUGGUUUCUAAAGUACCCAAAUUGCUAUUCCGUGAUGUUUCCAAAACCCUAAAACCCAAAUUCCAGUGCCUUAUGGAUCUCGGGUUAUCCGGGUCGGACCUGGUGGAUGUAAUUGCUAAAGAUUCACAAAUUGUUGAUAGAGGUUUAGAUACUCAUUUGAGACCUACCAUUGAUCUCCUGAGGAGGAUUUUGGGUAGUAAUGAAAAUGUAGUUAAGGCCUUAAAGAGAUUUCCUCGGUUACUUUCUUUUCGUGCUCAUCAUAUUAUGGAGAAUAAUCUACUGUUGUUGAAAAACUAUGGUGUUCCUGAUGAGAGAAUUAAAAAACUCAUGCUUAGAAAUCCGAGUUAUUUUGCUCAAAAUCUUGAGAGGAUUAAAGGUUUGUUGCAUAGGAUGGAGAAUGAUUUUCUCGUUCCACGUGAUUCCUCUAGUUUUCUUUAUGGAUGUCAAGUGUUAAACUCACUAAACAAGUCUAAGUUGGAAAAGAAGUUUGGAGUUUUCAAGAGUUUUGGAUGGUCUGAUGAUGAUAUACUCAAGAUGUUCCGGAAGCUACCUUUUUGUGUUGGCCUCUCGGAAGUUAGAAUUCAUAAAGCACUGAAUCUUUUUAUGAAGGAACUUGGUUUUGGAACUGCUUACUUGGUUUCUCAUCCUGCAAUUUUGGUCUUUAGUAUGGAAAAAAGGGUGAUACCUCGGAUGCAAGUGAUGAAAAUUUUGGACGAAAAGAAGGUUGAGAGGAGAAAGUUGGAUCUCUAUUAUGCUCUGAGCUUAGCAGAGACAAAGUUCAUAGAUUAUUUUGUGCACCCCUACAAGGAUCAGAUGCCUGAUUUGUAUGAACAGCUCAAGAAAAUUGUGGCUCCUAAGUAGAUUUUGUUUAUUUUUGACACCAAUGGUGCUGAGAUCUUUCUAAAUUUUCAGUUAUAGUUCAAUACAUUUUUGCUUUUCAUUGUGAACAGGUAACAACUAAAACAGAGUCCGUAUUUCCAAACAUCAUUGGUG